UGGGGGCUCCCGCUUCGGGGUCGCCGCCCGCCUCAUGAGGGACAGCCCCGGUGUGGGCUUGUUGAGCUCCAGCGGUUCAAUAUGUGAGGCGCCGCCUCACCCCACAGUUAACCGGGGAUGUGUUUACCGCGCUGAGGGCUUUGUCGGUCCCUCACGGUGACCUCGCAGACUCCCUGCGCUGCUGAAGGGAGCGCAGCACCCCAUGUAGUCGCAGCCUAGGUGGGAGGCAUCCCCCCCAACUUCAAAAAAAAAAAGCCCUGGGGGUGGCCGCUGUGGAGGUGCAGGGUCUGCCCCGCUCCUCCGAGCCGCCGGGGGGUGCCCGGCUCCGCUGCAGCUUGGGGGCGGUGCUGGGCGGGAGUUCCAACUGGCUGAGGGGAAGGAGCUGAGGGGGGCGGCAGCGGCUGGGCGCCUUUCUCUUCACUCGGAGCCAGCUGCUAACCCCUACCGUGUUUCUGAGGGAUGUCCUCGCUGGAGAGCGUCUCCGGGACGCCGGUGAAGGACGGGGAAAGGUCCGAGAAGAAGCAGAAAGGAGGAAGAAUCGUGAAGUCCCGCUACCUGCAGUACGAAAAGAAAGACCCCAAGAAGGAUACCACAGCAACUUCCUUUUCAAAGUCGAUUUCUAAAGCACCUUCUGCAGUUAAACCAAAAUCGGUUCCUCCUCAGAAAAGUAAAGCUUCUGCUGGUGUUGUUUCUGGCUCAUUAAAUCAAAGUAGCUUUGAGAAAAGUGAUUUGCAGUCCACAUUAUUAGAUGGAGAUAAAGUUACUAGACCAGACCUUGAUCUUUCAGCUAUUAACGGUAAAACUACCUUUACCAGGACUCCUGGUUCAAAAUCUUCUUGCAAAAAAGAUACGGGGACAUGUGGAGAAAACCAGGAAUCGGAAUGUGAUACUGAUGUUCUGAGGGAAAUGCUGGCAUCUCAGACACUGAUUUUAACUUACCUAAGCGUGAAGGCUGAAAACGAUGUUGCUGAGCUUGAGAAAAAAGCAGAAGAAAACUUGUUAUUGUUGUGUGAAGAAAAGGAGAGAGAACAGGAGAAACUCUAUGAGUUGAAGCGUGAGGUUCUGCUCAGAGAGAGAGAGCAGAGACUUGAAGAGGCGUUAGACAAACAGAUGGAAGUACUUUCUCCUCUUGUUUCUGUUUUGGGGCGCUUUAAAGAGCAAUACAAAAGCUUUGCAGCUUCCCUGGAUGCUACUAGGCAUGAAUUACCCAUAAGGAAUAUUCACAUAGAGGGAGAUAAGCCAACGUACUUAGAUGAAAUGCAAAAGCAGUUAACCAUCACACAGGAACUUCUGGCAGAAGUUAUGCCAAGCUACUCAGAAGAAAGUGCAGAAGCAUGCACUGUACUGAAAGACAUUAAAGAGGUGUCUCAAGAACUGGAUAAAGAGCUUCAAAGGAGCUUCGCCCAAGUGCAGAACCUGUCAUAUGAAGUUAGUAAAGAAAUUUCACUGCAUAAUCAAAGUAUAUGUGAAGACAAUUAUGGACUAGAUGUUGUGAAACACUGGUACUUCAACUAAGUUUGUGUAUUUUAUUUUUUUACUAAUGGGUGGGUGCUAAAUCAGUAUCAUUAGACUUGUUAUCUUUUUUGCUUCUUUGUUUCACACCCUUCAUUUACAUAUGAACAUACAACUUGUCCGGUUCUUCAGUUAUACCAGAAUAUGAAAGAAGCAGCGUGGAUGACUAAACUAACAUAAGAAUGGUGUUUUGUCCUGCAUGCUGCCCUAUAAGGAGACAUCUUUUUUAAACAUGCAUUUCUGUGGUGCCUUUCUCGUCACUUGCUGCCUUGACAAUAUCGAAAGGUACAUAAUAAGAAAUCAUAUUCUUGGCAAAUAUGAACUAUGUGUUCUUACUUUAUUGCACCUGUUUUCAAGUGCGUUGCUUUACGUCUCUUCCCAAGGUAGUGUUCCUUAGAGGGCAAUGUAUCAGAACAGAAAUGUGGAACUGUGUAUGUCGUACUGUGUGUUGAUUUAGUCAGGAGGACCUGUAGGGAUGUACAGCAUUGUACAUCAUUGGUGACUCAGUGAACAGCUUCUGGAGGAACUCUUAAUUGUCCCUUGUUUCUGGAUUUUCCAAGAGGAAAAGCUGUGUGGAUAAUGAGGCUGAUGAAUGGAAGAGGAGCCUGGUCACUUGUAACAAGUGGAAAGUUUUGGUAAAUUGUUGCCUAAUUGCCAUGGAAACAAGUUACUAAAACAUACACUUUUGUAUUAACUUGAAACUUUCUUUUUAAGUACUUGAUAUUUUUACAAUAAAGAUUGUUUUCCACUGCUGUGUUAAGAGCCA